AUGAAAGAACGAUUUCACAUUCUCGACCAACAGAUCGCCAAGUUCACAGAGUUCGGAGUUAUUAUCGUUCUCGCUACCGAAACAGACGUCGACUUGCUUCAUCUGCGGAAUACGAGUCAGAAACUGGCAGCCCAGUGGCCCAUUGACCACCAGCCCCGAGACUGCGGCGAUCUGCCGAUAGCCUGGCAAUCGAAAACCUUUGAUCACCCGUUGGAAGUACUUCUCCCGGGCUUGAGUCAGCAAUCCCAACGUGACGAAUCUAUUGAAUCAUUGUUUGAUUUUGAAUGCGGCUGGAGGAGUACACUCUCUCCAUCGGCCUUAUCGAUGUCGGCUAUCAAGUUGCAUGACGCAUGUUUGCUGAGAUUCUCUGUCCAGCAUGUGCUUUGCGACGCGACCGGUCUCAACUGCAUUGUACAAGCGUACUGUUCUCUGCUGCAAGGCAAAUCAUUGCAGCCGCUCGAAUCUCGACCUGAUCCAAUUCGGAUGAGAAAAGGAACUGCGAGUGUGUCCUCGUUGUCAGAUACAGAAACGCGUAGUGCAUAUCUUGCACAAUUCCAAAUUACCUCAUCCCGAGUCGGUUGGGGACCGGCCCUUGACAUGAUCCUCUGGAAUGCAUUCGUUCCUCCCAAGCGCAUUUCAACCUGUUGCAUACCAUCCGUUGAGCACCUGCUGAAACUUGCCCGGAAGAGUGAAAAAAAAGUGACCGCACACGAUCUAGUCAUGGCACACAUCUGGAAGGCUUCAGCAGCUUCGCCGUCAUGGAAACGACAGCGAAAAGAUCAGAACAUAUAUCCACCAUUCAGCUUCGCCUUGAACAUUGAAAAGUUUCUGGACCGUACCAGCGAGCUUCACAAUAGGUGGAUGGUCGUGACUGUGCCGGAUCUUGAACGGACGACCAAUAACGAGCAAGAGGAAAUUCUGGGAAUGGCACUGCAUCUGCGGGACACUAUCAAAAGCGCUCGCACAUUUGCUUACCUUCAGCCGGUUCUUGAUCAUUACCGAAAGGCGGAUGGUGCGCCCAUCAUGCCAUGGACUGACGGAUUAUCUGCAGGAGUGUUUUGCAGUUCCUGGGGCAAAAGUCCCCUAUACGAUCUGUCGUUUGACCUUCCUGGGGCACCAGGAACACGACCAAUGUACAUUCAGCCAUACAUCCACUCAUCCCCAGUUUUAAGAGCCUUGCGACAAAAAGUCCACAACACUGUUCUUACGUGGACGGACCGGGAUCAUCGGUUCUGGAUACAUGGAAGCUUGGGUGAUGAAGUCUGGCUAGAACUUGAUCGACUGAAUAAAACUCAUAGCGAUUAA